UAUAUAUAUGUAUACAUGUUACUUCUCAUUGUUCUCCACUUACAUAUUCAUACUUGCAAUAACCUUUAGCCUAGUUUGAAGAUUAAUUAUUCAUGGCUCAACUAAGUUUAGCUGUCGCCGUCUUCCUCGCCGUCGCUGCCCCGACCAUCGCCGUUAACUACAUUGUCGGAGACUCACAAGGCUGGUCUACAGGAGUUGAUUAUAGUACUUGGGUUUCCGGGAAAACCUUCAAUAAGGGUGAUGUUCUAGAGUUUCAAUAUACUCCACUUCAUUCGGUCACUGAAGUUAAAGAGUCGGAUUAUAAUUCAUGUUCUACAAGCAACGCGAUUAAUUCCUAUACUGACAUGGAUACAAAGAUCACCCUCACCGGAUCGGGAACUCGAUACUUUGUCUGUGGCACGGCCGGGCAUUGUUCACAAGGGAUGAAACUCGCCGUCACUGUAUCCGGCUCCACUAGCCCCUCGACACCGUCUUCCCCGGGAGGAAGCUCAGGCUCCCCUUCCACACCAUCUUCACCUUCAAAUAAUCCAUCUUCUCCGACGACACCAUCUCCAGCCACCACGACAAAGAAUGGUGCUGCCGGAGUUGGUGGCCGGGGAGUUUUGAUAAGUGUUAUGCUUGCAGGUUGUGGCAUUGCACUCUUGGGCUAGGCAAGAGGCAGUGCAAUUUAAUUAUAUUUAUGUUCAUAAGACUUGUUGUUUAAUUUUUAUCAUUGUGUUUGUGGUUUUGUAUCAAUGUUACUUUGUUCUAGUCUUUGUUAUUUGAGUUUAUAAGAUGAUUUGUUUGUUUAUGUUAA